AUGCCCAUACAACCCCGAACCGAUAGGAUUCCGAUGUUCUGCUAUACCAGCGGGCGAUGGUUAUGGAAUGAGCGUCAGCAAAUGGGGGCCCGAUACCGACGUUUUGAUAUCCCCAGCCUCGAGCAAGCAUCCUGUCAGGCGGUCGGGGCAAAGAAGUGUAUAUCAUUAAAGAAGAUUGGCGAAGGCAACUACAACAAGGCGUAUAGCCUUGAGAUGGAAGAUGGUAAAAAGGUCAUAGCAAAAAUCCCCCACCCUAAUGCCGGCCCACAAGUACUUACCACAACAUCGGAAGUAGCGACUAUGGAGUUCGCCCGCACCGUUUUGGAUAUACCUGUCCCAAAGGUUCUUGUUUGGAGUGCUACCGACCAAAAUCCUGUUCAAGCAGAAUAUAUUAUUAUGGAAGAAGCAAAAGGCUCCCAACUGCAUGAAGUCUGGCAGGACCUUUCACUCCGAACGAAGCGCGAUAUCAUUCGUGAGUUCAUAGAUGUUGAAAGGAAGUUGCUCUCGGUCUCCUUUGAAAAAUUGGGAUCAUUAUAUUUUCAAGAUAGCGGUGUCGCGGGAUGCGAGCCUGCCAUCGUUACAACUGGUCCAGAAGAUACCAUCAGUCACAUCGAAUCACGCUAUUGCAUUGGACCCAUCACUCGAAGAGAGUUCUGGGAUAAACAGCGGAGCAACAUGCAAUAUCACGGUCCAUGGAUAUCCUCGGCAGAGUACCUCAAGUCUGUCGCUCACCGUGAGAUCGACUGGAUUAACGCCCAAGCGAGUUCACAGAAAGCGACCGAGACCCCAUGGCAAUACACGAGUCCGAAGCAGUGUUCUCCAGAAGCACACAUAAAUCUGUUGCAGAAAUACCUAUCGACGAUUCCGGAAAUCGUUCCUAAAGAUGCAGAGCUUGUUUCGUCUAGACUUUGGCACCCAGACUUCCAUGCUGGUAAUAUCUAUAUCGACGAUCAAGCCCGGAUUUCAAGCAUAAUCGACUGGCAGGGAGCCUGGACUACCCCAGUAUUUAUCGGAGCCAACCCCCCAUUGCUUCUGGAUUAUGGGAUUGACAUGUUGAUGAAGCUCCCUGAUAACUUCAAAGAACUCGGCGAGACUGCAAAGGAUCAGCUUAGAUACCAAGUGUCUCAGUCUAUCUUGAUUCAUCAAUACGAAAAAUUGACGGCAGAGAAGAAUCCUUUGAUGUCCAAGGUGAUGCGACAUCCCCAUGGUCAAACUCUCAAGCAGUUGGAGGCCUUUUCUGGCGCUACCUGGGAUAACUGUCUCUAUCCUUUCGAAGAGUGUUUAAUCCGCGUUGAGAACGAAUGGGACCAUUUUGGUACGAAUAAACCAUGUCCAUAUCACAUCUCAGCAGAUGAGAUCCAGGAACAUUACGACGAGGCUGAGUCCUUUAACAAGAGUCAGGAAUUCUGGAAAGGACUACAGGGUAUCUUGACGGAAGAGGGUUAUGCGUCGAACGAGAGUUUUAGUAAGGCUGUAGAAGUGCUCAAGGAUUUGCGAGAAGUUGGGUUAGCUGGUUUGCAGGGCGAGGACCGACACAACUUCGACGACAAGACGGGUUGGGUAGCAGACCUCGACUCACAGAGUAGCUGA